AUGAUGAUCUCUAAUAUAUUAACUACAAUUCUUUCUCUGGGUUUUAUUGUAUCUGUUAUUCUACUAAAAGACGUACGUUCAUCAAGAGUAUUGGAACUUAGUGAUGGGUUCAUUGAAAUGAAAAACGAUGGACAUUGGUUCAUAAUGUUUUAUGCUCCGUGGUGUGGCCAUUGUAAGAGGUUAGAACCUAUCUGGCGUCAUGUUGCACAAGCAUUACACCACUCUGAUAUAAGAGUUGGCAAAAUAGAUUGUACAAGAUAUAAAAGAGUAGUUUCAGAGUUUGGAUUGUCAGGGUAUCCUACAAUAAUGUUCUUCAGAGAUAGAGAAGGUGAAUUUAAAUUUAAUAGUGAGCGAUCUACAGAAGAAAUGGUUCAUUUUGCAAAGCGAUUGGCUCGUCCUCCCGUUCAAGAGGUCACUGAUAGUAAAGACAUUGAAAUGCUCAAACAAACAAAUAAAAACUUCUUUAUGUUUAUUGGAAAAAGCGUUGGCCAUACUUGGGACCUCUUUUAUGAUUUGGCAAAACAAUAUCAAGCACAUUCUUAUUUUUAUAUUACACCUGAAAUAACUGGAAAACAGCAUUUUGUUUUUGGAGAAACUCCUGCAGUUGUGGUGUAUAAAGAAGAACAACACUACUCUUUCAAUGCUGAGGAAUGGGAUAUGGACUUCAAUACAAGCUUGACACAAUGGAUAAACACAGAAAGAUUUGAUACUUUUGUAAAAGUAACUCGAUCAAAUAUUCACCAUAUGUUGGAGACCAACAAGUACUUAGUCUUAGCAUUAGUGGAAGAGAAUAAAAUUGAAAAGUUACCUCCUCACCAUUCAGAGUUUCUUCAAAUGGUAGAAUCAGUUAUUGUGAAGAAUAGAGAACGUUUUCAUAGGAACUUUCAAUUUGGAUGGAUUGGUUCACCAGAAUUCGCCAAUUCUAUUACUUCAUCAGAUGUAACCCUGCCAUCUUUAAUAAUUUAUAAUUCAUCUACUAGACAUCAUCAUUUUCCAGAAGAAAAACCACAUGAACUGACACCUGAAUCAAUUACUUUAUUUCUAGAAGCUGUAAGAAAUCAGUCAGUAAAGGCAUAUGGAGGAAGUGGUGUAUUUAUACAGAUGUACAGGAUGUAUUAUGAGACAAAGAAGUCCUUAGUAAACAUUUGGGUUAACAAUCCUGCAGUUGCUAGUGUUUUAUUUGGAUUACCUAUAGGGUUCCUACUAUUAAUAUGCUAUUCUACAUGUUGCACAGACAUUAUGGAUGCUAGUGAUGAUGAUGAAGAUGAUGUUCAUCAUGAGAAGAAAGAAUAA